AUGUCCAACCAACCCCACAACGACCUCCCGCCAAGCUAUGAUGCAUCACAACAAUCCUGGGGGAUCUCCGGCACUAAGCCACAGACAGGCCCUUCAGCCUCAGCAAACCCACCUCCAUAUCACAACUGGCAGGAAGCAGUCCCAGACACAGCCACAUUUCCACCACCCCCAAUCACCGGCUACCUAAUCUCAGGCACAGGGAACGCCUCCGAAGACGACGCCCAGCGCGCCCACGAUUUCUGCAACUCUGUGCCCCUCUGGCUCCCAGCUCAGCCCUCGUCGGCCGUCUACCACGACGUGCAGGUCCACGAUCUUCGGCCCGUGCAGCCAGCCGAGCUGCGUGGCCAUGUCUCGGCUGUUGCGCGCGGCCGCUGGCGAGGACACAGUGUCGACGGGAACGGGGAUUGUGUCGUUCUUACCCAGCUGCCCAUGUAUUUCCCUGCUACGGACUCGCCGUUUGUGCGCGAGCAGAAGAAGACCAUCUACUUUGAGGUUAAGUUGCUGGCGCUGAGGGCGGGGCCGACGCCGCAGGAUUGUAGUGGAUUUUCGAUUGGGUUUGCUGCGCAGCCUUAUCCGUCGUGGAGAUCGCCUGGCUGGGAGAGAGGUGGACUGGGGGUGUUUUCGGAUGAUGGGUGUCGGUUUGUGAAUGAUUCCUUUGGGGGUCGGGACUUUACGAUGCCGUUCAAGGUGGGUGAGACGGUUGGGUUGGGGAUGGAGUUUGAGCUACCGGAGAAUAUCUGCAGUGGGGAUAAGCAUAGUAAGAGCUGCAAAGUGCAUAUCUUCUUCACGCGGAAUGGACGCCGAUCUGAGAGUUGGGAUCUGCAUGAGGAGGUCGAUGCCGAUUCCGGGGAUGUUGAGGGCUUGGAAGGGGAUUAUGACCUAUAUGGGGCGAUUGGGCUGUUCGGUGGCGUCGAUUUCGAGUCUUGUUUCGACCCUGCAGGUUGGCUAUGGAAGCCGGAAUGA